AUGGAAGAAUCAUUUGAAGUUGAAAACCCGUUGAUAACAAACCAAAAGAAAGCAGAUCUUAAAUUAGCACGAAUUCACCAAGUAAAAUAAAUUCAGAAAGCAAGCAAAGCAAGAAACCUAAGGUCUUAUAAAGUCACUGAAAAAAGUAAACUAUGCCCUUGCUGCAGUUUACCAAUUGUAAUUGAGAUAUAGGACGCCCCUUAUUAUUCACUUUGCUGCUCAAUAGAAAAGCUUGGGGAUUUAGGCAUCGGCGUUCCUUUAUAUUUUUACUUUGUUUCAAGAGUCAUUCUUUGGCUGCUUUGGAGUUUCAUUUUUGCUGGAGCUUAUUGUGCUUACCAAGACUAUAAUGCUGGGCACUCUGGUGACUGAGGUAAAGGCUCUGAAAGCUGAUAUAUUGAUGCCUCCUUAGGUGGCUUUGGAAAAGAUGAAGACAUCCCAGAAAUCCAAGGAAUCCUCCAUGCCGCAAAUAGCGUUGUUCUAGUAGUUUUUUUCUUUUUCCUCAGAAAAAGCCUCACAAAAAUGAUCCAAAAAAUCGACAAAAACCAUAUAACUCCUUCAGACUACACAGUUUGGGUUAAAAACCUCAGGAACAGUUAUAACAGCCAAGACCUCAAAGCAUUUUUUGAAAAACAGACCCAAUACUUCGGUUUUCCGACUACUGUAGAAAGUGUAAGCGUUGCUUAUGAUAUUAAUCAGUACGUAAAAGAUACCAGAGACCACGCAAAACUUAAAGGGCUAUUACUAUUUGUGCAGGACUAUCAGAAAAAGCAUCAUGGGAAUUAUCCCAAAAAAGGUGGGUUUUGUUGUAAAUGUAAAAAAUAUGUAGCGUAUUAUCCACAGGAAGGGGUAAUAAAACAGAAAAUUGACAGUUUGGAGAAAAGGAUAAACAAGUUUGAGCUGAAGGCAAAGGAAAGUUAUAAUCAGACACAUUAUGCCUUUGUGACAUUUACGAAAGAAGAAGACGCUAAAUUAGUAUAUUUAUUUAUGGUAAAUUAAAAAUAAUUAUCUAAAAAAAAAAAAAAUGGCUAAUAUGUUAAUAAAGGGAUAGUUGACUAUUGGGCAAUAAAUCCAUCAACAAGGAUUUUCUGCUGUUUAUGCAUGCUGUGCUAUGAUGGCCCUUUUACAUUUAAAAACGUCAGGCUACACGUAGAGCAAGCUCCAGAACCAUCAGAUAUCAUAUGGGAAAAUCUAAGCGCAACUUCUUGCCAAAAAUACUUAAGAAGGUUAAUUACAACCUUAUGAACAUUAGCUCUCCUUAUAGGCUGCUUUAUUUUAGUGUAUAUAACUAACUCCCCCCCAUCCUGAUCGAACGACUCGCCAUCGUUCGAUCAAGGAUGGGGGUUAAAAAAAAUUUUAUAUAUAAAAUGAAAAAUAUAUAUAUAGAUUUUUUUUAUUUACUUUAAAUAAGAGGGUUAAGAGUAUUUAAUAAUUAUUUUUACAGCAAAAACUUGAAUUAAUUUCAUAAAAAUACCAAAUUUUUAAUAUUUUGAUUUAUUAGUUACCCUUUUAAACUGUAUAAAUUUUAAUUUAAAUUAAAUAUUUUUUUAAAAUUUUAAAAGAAUCUCUAUUUUAUUAGAUUAUUGGGCUUUUAAGCUUAGGCUGAUGUCUAAAUCACUUCGGAUGGUUGAUUUCGCAGCUUUUUGUCGUCUCAAAGCUCUGUAAACAACUUCAUUAGGCACAUCUUCCAAAGCGUUUGAUAACUAAUAUUUUUUAUAUAUAUAAAAAUUUGCAUGAUAUGAAAAUCGUUCGAUCAAGGAUGGGGUUAAUUUCCUCAAUUUUUAGGAAUUUUUACAGUCAAUCGUUCGAUCAAGGAUGGGGGGGGGAGUAAGCAAUAUCAAAGAAACUAUUACAAAGACUAUGAAAACAAGCCAAAAGACGAAAGAACUUACCAAGACCUGCUGCAAGUCCGUUUAUACUCCUUUGGACUCUCUGUUUGUAUUCUUAUCAUAAACCGUUUUCUCGCUAUCGUCGUCAGAAUUUUUUCCAGCACUGAAAAACAUAUAACCUGGACGCAUUAUCAUAGAGCAGUUACCAACAAAUUAGUGACUGCAAUGGUGCUUAACUCUGUAGGUAUCCUUAUCUGGGUAAAUUCAGGGAAAAUCGAUGACUGGUUUUUGCCAUAUGGCUUAGUCAAUGAUGUUUUAUUUUUAUUAAUAGUCAGCGGGAUUUCAUCCCCAUUGACCUAUAUUUUUUCUCCUUUGUAUUUAUAUAAAGUCCAUAAGAGACGCCAAGUAAAAAAACUUGCAAGAAGAGGCAUUAUAGGGAUAACUCAAAUCGAGGCUAACAAACUGUGGGAAAACCCUGAAGUGGACAUGGCUCAGCGUUAUGCAAAUAUUUUGGUGACAUUAAUAAUCUGCUUUAUUUUUGCUCCAUUAUUCCCUCUUUGUUUCCUUAUCGGCUUUAUAUCAGUUUUUCUGCAAUACUGGACUGACAAACUUAUGCUCCUUCGUCGGCAUUCACGGCCACGUAACUUUGGCAAAGGGAUGUCUAACAAUAUGCUCAAAUGGAUCCCUCUCUUUAUUUUAGCUUACUCUGUAAACUUUAUAUAGGCUUCAAACUGCACCUUUUUAUUUUUUUUAAAAUCAGAAGACUACCACAAUAUUUUGAUCCCAAUCGCUGCCUUUUUAUUAGUUGCCUUAUUUUUUGUGUCUCCUAUAAGGUUUUUAUGUGGAAUUAAAGGAAAAAUAAAAAGAAAAAAAGAAGGAAUUAAUGUAGAUGAAAGAAAUGACUAUGAAGAAAAUGCAGUACGUUUUAAUGAGGAUUAUAUGAGAAAUAACCCGCUAUUAGCAAAAGAAGGCUGGAAAGAGUGACUGAAAUUGGUAGAACAUAGAAAAGGCACAGCGGAAAAGAAGAAAAUGGAGACGAGAUUUUCAAAUGUGAUGAGCGCUGCGAAUAAUAUGAGAAAUUAUGCGUAUCAGAUGGUAGAUUUGGAAAGUGGGCAGUAUAGGACGAUUGCGGAAAAUCCGUUUUCGAGUGUGAUGGGGGGAAGUGUAAUUAAUCCGGUGGCAGGAAAUCCGUUUAUGGAUGCACCGAUGGAAGAUGAGUAUAGCGAAGAAAGAAAUAUUUUAGAAAAUCCAGGGAAUUAUUAUCCAUAUCAGCGAAAUGAGCUUAAUUAA